AUGAUCCUCAGCGGACUCGAAGUCGUCACCCGCAACCUAGUACGCAGCCUACGACAAAUUACCCAGCAGCAACAGCCAUGCGGCGUCGACCUAACUUUACGCCAGGUGUCUAAAUGGUCAUCAGCAGCCAGCAUUGACUUUGACAAUACGAAACGCGAGGCGGCUAGAACUUCCAUUCUUUCCUUCGACGCCAGCCACGCAAUCACGCUGAAACCAGAAGCUUAUCUGAUUGAUUUCAACGAAACAGUUCAUAUUCCACGGAAUUGCAUGGGAAGUAUAUUUCCUAGAUCGUCGCUUUGGCGUUCUGGGGUUGGAAUUAAUGCUGGCGUGGUUGAUGCUGGAUAUGAAGGUGCUAUGGGUGCGUUGAUGGAAGUAAAAAAUCAUCAUGGAGUUGUUCUUUAUCGAGAUGCCAAGCUUGCUCAGAUUGUUUUUGAGGAGUUGGGGGAAAUGGUUGAGGGUUAUAAGGGUAUAUACCAAUCCUCGACGAGCAGUGUCGGGCGUGAUGGGAUAGAACGAACAUCCUAG